AUGGCCACCUCUACCUUACCAUCGUGGCCUCCCACCCUCACCCCCUCCCAACUCACCCACCUCUCCACCCUCGCAACAGACUACGCCCUCUCCCAUGGUAUAAUCUACCGUCCACUCCCCUCCUCGCCCUGCACCACCCCUGCACUCGACUCUGCAAUCCACGCCCCAUUCUCUCUCUUCCCCUCUCCCUUGCCUGAAUCCCUCUUCACCCGCGCCACAAACCUUCAACCAUCAUUCGACCUACUCUACGCCUCGAUCUCAACCAACCACGCCUUCCUAACUCGCGUAAUCGGCCAAUCCGUAAUCCACGUCGACGAAUUCCAAAAGCAACUUUGGCAUAUCUUCAUCUCAGUCAAGCACGAUCUCGUGCAGAACUUAAGCUUGGGUCUGUUUAGGAGCGAUUAUCUACUGCAUGAUGAAGAGAGUCAUGGCCUUGUUGGCGCCAGGAGGGGAGAGUUGGCAUUGAAACAGGUCGAGUUUAAUACGAUUAGUGCAAGUUUCGGUGCAUUGUGUACCAAGGUGGCUCGUUUGCAUGGUCAUUUGGUUGAUACGACCGGGUAUUUGGGUCUUUCGGAGGCGUUGGAGGAUAAGCAGAGGUUGCCGGAGAAUAAAGCGCUCGAGAUUUUGGCUGGGGGACUUGCUGCUGCUCAUAAGGCAUAUUUGUCGCAGUUUUAUGCUGGGGCAAGAGGACAGGUGAAAAAGAGGGUAUAUGUGCUGUUUGUUGUGCAAGAAGGCGAACGAAACGCAUUCGAUCAACGUCCGCUGGAAUACGAACUUCAGAAAGAAUCUAUCCCCGUUUUACGAGAGACGUUUGCAGAAAUCGCCGAGAGGAUGAUCGCUCAAACCUCUUCAAACCGGACGCUAAGACUAGCUCACCCUGUGUUGGGCCAAGUCGAAAUCAGCACCAUUUAUUUCCGAGCUGGAUAUGGUCCUUCCGACUACACCUCCUCUCAAGCUUGGGAAACCAGAAAACAACUCGAGCUGAGUAGCGCUAUCAAAUGCCCUAGUAUCUCAGUGCAACUAGCGGGAGCUAAAAAGGUUCAACAAGUUCUCGCCGAGCCGAACCAACUCUCCUGCCUACUCGCUGCUAUCCCUAGUCAGGAAGCCAAAACUGAAAUCUUGAAAGAGACUUUUUCGGACCUAUACCCACUUGACGAUUCCCGGAUAGGUGAGGAAGGAUACAGACUCGCACUGCAAUCUCCUGAAGGAUAUGUUAUGAAACCGCAACGAGAAGGUGGUGGGAACAACGUCUAUCGUUCUGACAUUCCUCCCUUCCUCAAAGAAUUGGAAAAACAAGGCGAGAAAGAGGCGGAGGGGACAAUCAAAAAGAGAGCGGCUUAUAUUUUGAUGUCUCUCAUCAAACCUCCCUCUGGGUUAGGCAAUUAUUUGGUCAAAGCCGGCAGUGGAGCAGUGCUGGGAAAAGACACAGUAAGCGAGUUGGGUGUAUACGGAGCAAUUCUGUUCGAAGAUAAGGGAGAAAAGUUGCCCUUACACGUUUUGCAUCAUGAAUCCGGAGGCUUCUUGUUAAGAACCAAGGCGAGGGAGAGUGAUGAAGGAGGAGUGGCUGUUGGCUUUAGUGUUAUCGACUCGCCCCUACUCAUUUAA